GCAGUGCGCGCGCCUUGCCGGACCGUAGGUUACGUGUGCGUGAAGUGCGUGCCUUGCCUUUCGUGGAACCGCUGCUUGCCCGCACCGCCGCGCGACUCUUCGCCGAACGACGGAUUGUUCGUCGUCGUGAAUCCGUGCGCCCGUGAAUCCUCGACAGCAGCGAAGGUCGCCACUCGCCGACGGGGCUCGACACAUGGCACGUUGACUCCCGGGCGCCGGGGGGGGAGGGCAGCCGACCAGUGGCAGGAAACCGAGAGAGUCGGUAGUGUUGUACUCGCGCGGGCCCAGCCUCCUCGUGCGUGCGUGCGUGCGUGCGUGCUUACGUGCUUACGUGCAUCGUGUGCGCGUGCCUCUCGUAUUUCUCAGCGUUCCCUGCCUUAGGAUACAAGAAGUGCGGCGGAAAACCAGGACGCCAGGAUGACCAGCGGCGAGGAGACGGGCAAGAGUGUGAUGAACGUCGAGACGGUGUACCGCGAGCUCAACUCCAAGAACGGUUGGGCGCCCUUCUAUCAGGGCAUACGUGGUGAGUGUGAAUCUUUUGAGUAUACAUGCAAUGAAUCAAAAAAACCACAGAACAAAAACCUGAAUCGCUACAGAGAUGUAGCGCCGUACGAUCACACUAGGAUUAUACUUAAAAGAGGUGUAUGUGAUUACAUUCACGCCAAUCUUAUACAGGUGAAUCAUGCUGAAAGGCAAUAUAUCCUGACGCAAGGACCUUUGCCAAAUACCGUCAGUCACUUUUGGUUAAUGAUAUGGGAGCAAAAUAGUAGAGCUGUGUUGAUGUUAAACAAGAUAAUCGAGAAAAACCAAAUCAAAUGCCAUCAAUAUUUUCCACUGGACGACAUAAAUCCUACCUUGACGUUCGAAGACGUCAGUAUAAAGGUGGAUUACAUCAGCAAGAAAGAAUCGUCAGAUUAUACCACUAGAACGUUACGUAUAACGGACUUGGAGAGUAACGACAGUAGGGAAAUUUUACAUUUUCAUUAUACCACUUGGCCAGACUUUGGAGUACCACAACGUCCAACGGCCUUUCUACACUUCUUGGCGGACGUUAGGAGAUCAGGAGCGUUAGAUCAAAAUGUUGGCCCACCUGUCGUUCAUUGUUCUGCUGGAAUUGGAAGAUCGGGAACGUUUUGUUUGGUUGACGCAUGUCUAGUACUGAUUGAAAAGUACGGUUUAAACGCUUUGAAUGUGCGGCACGAAUUGAUGGAAAUGAGACGGUCUCGUAUGGGGCUGAUACAGACACCCGAACAACUCUGUUUUUCAUACGCUGCUAUUAUUCAGGGAGCGAAACAAUUGCCACUCGAGAGCAUGGAUAUGAACAACGAAACAAUUGAAGAUGAAAUAAUAAUGUAUGAUGAAAUGAAUAAUAAGAGUAACCAUCCAUUAGAAAGAGACGAUGAACCUCCUCCUCUACCACCUCCAAGAGGAGAGUCUUUAACUCGUAGUAUAAUGGCAGAUCUAAGCUCGGAUGGCUCGACAGAUAAUGACAAUGAAUCAGAAAUAGGUGGACCGCCUGAUAAACCGCUACCAAGUGAACCACCGAAUCAUGUAGAAUUAUCUGCAGAUACAAAUCUGUCGACGUCUAUUACAAAUUGUGUAGGGGAACAAAAUGCGGACGACGGCGUGGUACUUGACGAAGGUCUUUCCGAUGAUGCUGAGAACUCUCUUCUAAAUAAUUCUCCGUCCAAUUCAGACGCGAAAGGGGAAGUACGUCGGCGCAAGAUGGAAAAGAAUGAACGACUAGCGACACAAGUACGCGAGAUGAAACGCCGGCAGAAGGAGAUGGAAGAAUGGCAGAAAUUCAAGAGAAUUGAAGCUGUACACCAUUUUCGAAAUAAACGGCUCGAUUCACGACCUCGAUUCCGCCCUUGUACUCUGGAUUUGGAAAUUUUCAACUCGCAUAGACUCCGAGAUACUUACAUAUAUAUCAAAAAGCGAAACUACCGAAAGCGGCGAAUCUGUGCACGAGGAGGCUGAGUCCACCAUCUAAAUUGAAAGAAAAAAAAAAAGAAAAAAACCGUCCUUCCAUAGUUCUAAUUCUCCGUUGUGUGCCUUGUCACAUUUUAAAGGGAAUCGUGCUAGACACAAGAAUCUGUUUCAGUACAAUAAAAAUAUACUUAAUAACAUUUAAUAGAAAAACAAGUAAAUAAAUCAGACUGUUUACUACACAGAAAUACGAUGUACAUAUAUUUGCGUUAGCGAGUUCUCGAGUCCUGGAUUAUAUUUAAGGACGAACGACUCGCGAUUUUCGUCCUUUCCUGAUUUUUAGUAAUUUUACAAAAAUUGAAGGAAACAAUUUUUAAUUGACAAUUUAUUUUCUACAAUACAUUAGGCAUUAACUGUAAAAGGAGCAUAAAAAAUAAACGAAGUCAUAAAUAAAAA